AUGUUCGACCACGACGUCUCAAGCAUAACCUUUAACGGCGGCAAGUUCGAGUUCCUCCCGGUAACCCUCGCGGGCGCCAACACCGUCCUUAUCGCCGUCCUCCGCCUCGGCAUCCGCUCCGGCCUCGAACUCAGCACUCCCACCUCUUUCGUCGGUGGUAUCCCCGUCAAAUUUAUCGUCACCAACGUCACCGCCGCCCCCGACCGCGACGACUGCCCUCUACAAGUCGUGGAGGAGUACUCCAUGCUCGUCGGUGCGAACGCAGGCGCUUCGCUGGCGGUGGGUGAACAUUCGUGGGGACCGGGGCCGAGCACGCAGGUGCCGAUUUGGUAUACCACGCUUGUGGAUAUCUGUGCGGGUACGAAGACGGCGGUGGCGCCGGUUGUCACGAGCACGGCGGUGGUGAGGAGGGAUGAGGGGAUGACUACGACUACUACGGUGGUUACGCAGAUAGCGACGGUGUGUUUGUCUACUGGGCUUGUGAAUUGUCCCGCGUCGCUGCAGUCGGCGGUGAAGAAUGUGGUCACGAGUACGUUGAUAGCUGCCGUGCCGGUGGGUACUGCUGAGGCUGCGUUCCCGACUACAACGGGGGAUACGGUUGUGAGGACCAAGGCGUUUGGAGCGGGUGCGAAGGAGAUGGGGGCUACGACUGGGAGUCCUGUAUCGUAUGUCCCGACGAUUUCGUCUAUUACUACGUCUAAGCCUACAAGCAGUGGGUCUAUAUCUACGGGCACGGAUAGCAGCAUUCUUAAAGGGAAGACGAGAGGUGUGAGUAAUAAAGUCAUAAUCGGCGUGAGUGUCGGUGUCGGCGUGCCAGUGUUGAUUUUAAUUAUUGCCGGGUGCUUGUAA